GGCCUGAGGAGAUCCGUCUCGGCCCUCGGAGUCGCGGCGGCGGUUGGUGACGCCAGAGCUGUGAGUCCGUGUGUCCGAGGCGCCGCCUGCGGGUUUACCGGGACGUAAACUCUUCUCUUCUGCAUACUCUUCCCAGCCUUCCCCGCGGAGAGCGGCGCCCACGGGAGCCUCGGCUCAGGCCCGGAGGCCACCUUAGCCGGCACGCCCCUCGGCGUCCGCCCUCGGCGCAGCCCGGCCGCUGUCGCCGCGUCGCCAUGGCGCCCACCAUCCAGACGCAGGCCCAGCGGGAGGACGGCCACAGGCCCAAUUCCCACCGCACUCUGCCUGAGAGGUCUGGAGUGGUCUGCCGAGUCAAGUACUGCAAUAGCCUUCCUGACAUCCCUUUUGACCCCAAGUUCAUCACCUACCCCUUCGACCAGAACAGGUUUGUCCAGUACAAGGCAACUUCCUUGGAGAAACAGCACAAACAUGACCUCCUGACUGAGCCAGACCUGGGGGUCACCAUCGACCUCAUCAACCCCGACACCUACCGCAUCGACCCCAAUGUGCUCCUGGAUCCAGCAGAUGAGAAGCUUCUGGAGGAAGAGAUCCAGGCUCCUACCAGCUCCAAGAGAUCCCAGCAGCAUGCCAAGGUGGUGCCAUGGAUGCGUAAGACAGAAUACAUCUCCACUGAGUUCAAUCGCUAUGGCAUCUCCAAUGAGAAGCCUGAGGUCAAGAUUGGGGUUUCCGUGAAGCAACAGUUCACAGAGGAAGAAAUAUAUAAAGACAGGGAUAGCCAGAUCACAGCCAUUGAGAAGACUUUUGAGGAUGCCCAGAAAUCGAUCUCCCAGCAUUACAGCAAGCCCCGAGUGACACCAGUGGAGGUCAUGCCUGUCUUCCCCGACUUUAAGAUGUGGAUCAACCCCUGCGCUCAGGUCAUCUUUGAUUCCGAUCCGGCCCCCAAGGACACGAGUGGUGCUGCCGCAUUGGAGAUGAUGUCUCAGGCCAUGAUCAGAGGCAUGAUGGACGAGGAAGGGAACCAGUUUGUGGCCUAUUUUCUGCCUGUGGAGGAGACACUGAAGAAGCGAAAGCGGGACCAGGAGGAGGAGAUGGACUAUGCUCCAGAUGAUGUGUAUGACUACAAGAUAGCACGCGAGUACAAUUGGAACGUGAAGAACAAGGCCAGCAAGGGCUACGAGGAGAACUACUUCUUCAUCUUCCGGGAGGGCGAUGGGGUAUAUUACAACGAACUGGAGACCAGAGUCCGACUCAGUAAACGCCGCGCCAAGGCUGGUGUCCAGUCGGGUACAAAUGCUCUGCUUGUAGUCAAACACCGGGAUAUGAAUGAGAAGGAAUUAGAAGCCCAGGAGGCACGGAAGGCUCAGCUGGAAAACCACGAACCGGAAGAGGAAGAGGAGGAGGAGAUGGAGGCUGAGGAGAAAGAAGCUGGGGGCUCAGAUGAGGAGCAGGAGAAGGGCAGCAGCAGUGAGAAGGAGGGCAGCGAGGACGAGCGCUCGGGCAGUGAGAGUGACCGGGAGGAGGGCGACAGGGAUGAAGCAAGCGACAAGAGUGGCAGCGGCGAGGAGGAGAGCAGCGAGGAUGAAGCCCGGGCUGCCCGGGACAAAGAGGAGAUCUUCGGCAGUGACGCGGAUUCUGACUCUGAUGCUGACUCUGAUGAGGAAGACAGGCCUGUCCACGGUGGCAGUGACAAUGACUCUGACAGCGGCAGUGACGGCCGUGGCCAGAGGAGCCGCAGCCCGAGCCGCAGCCGCAGCGCCAGCCCCUUCCCCAGUGGCAGCGAGCACUCGGCCCAGGAGGGCAGUGAAGCCCCAGCUUCCGAUUCCAGUGAUGCCGAGAGCGACAGUGACUGAGCCCACGGCCUUCUUAGGGCAAGAAGGCACUUUUCUAGUGGUGUUGGGGAGCCCUUCACCCUGCUCGGCCCCAACCCAUUUGCUGUUAAUAAAAGCUACUUUUCCACUUGC